GACUCCUCGGGUGCCAUCCUGUGCAGCAGCCCUGGGCCGGGCCGGGCCCCCCACCCCCCGGGCCGGAGCGCAGGGCAUUCGGUGCAGAGACAGCAUGCCACAAGUUGCAUCCGGCCUCGGCAAGGCCCAGGCCACGGAGAAACUGGACCGGAGGCCUCGCCGAUGGGGGUCUGUAGCAGCCUUGGGGGGCGCAGGCCCGAGGGCCCGGCCGCAGCCCUGUCCGGGUACACAGCAUUCAGAGGUGGAUGGACGGCCGGGGAGCUGGGGGAGGGAGGGAUGGGCUGGGGGUUGGAUUCAGACCGGUGGGGCAGAGCGCCGGGGGCCUCCUUCCACAGGGGGACACUCGGCCAGGGGUCAGUGCCACCUGGCAGGUGUCCCCCUGUGGAAGCCGGCCAGGCUUUGGGAGGCCCGGGCGAGCCCAGGUUCAGAGGUCAGCCUAGAAUCCCCCUUCCCCCCAUGCAGAACACCUGCGUCCAAAUCUCUGGGAAUUAGUCUAAAAACAGUUUCCUCUGAGGGCUUAAUGAGCACCUUCCCAGCCUUUGAGGGGCGUGGGCGCCGUGCUGGGUAUUCUUAGCCCCAGAUGUCGCUGUGCACCCAUCUUUCCCACGAGCCUGGGAGGGCCUCUGCCAACCCCGUCUGGCCCCGGCACGGCCCUCCAGCCUGCCAGUCAGGGUCAGUGCCCGUGGAGUGAGAUGACGAGAGGCCGCAGGAGAGUGGGGCUACUGCCCACACAGUGUGUUUGGGGCCCCCAGCCCUCAGUGCAGGGGCCUUGCCACCAUCACACGGGGCUUUGGGGUCUGAGAAGGUGUGGCUGGGUGAGGUCGAGAGCCCCGGGAGCUCCUCCUGGGGCAGGACAUGGGGAGCGGGGCUGGACCCGCCCCAAAGGUCGGGGUCCACCCAGAAAGCGCCUGGUAGGGGAGGGUCCCAAACGCCAGGGAGCCACAGCAGGCUUUGGAACAGGAAGGCCUUUUCCACGUGGUAACCUGGCCCUAGCCGCCGUGGCGGGGUGGGGGGUGCCUUCUGCCAAACGCGAAUAGUAGCCAGCGCUCAGGCUUGCCACGUGUCAUGCUUUUACAGCAGCCCCAAGAGGGGAAACUGAGGCACAGGGCAGCGAAGAAGGUGGCCUGAGGGCACCCAGCUAGGAACGGUAGAGCUGGGGUUCCAAGGCCAGGGUCAGCUCCUGGAGCCCCAGCUCUGCCCCUCGGAGAUGUAGCAGGGCUCCGGGCCAUGGGGGCGCCUUUGGAGGAAAUUCCUACAGCAGAGUGCCAAGGCUGGCCACACCUGGAGGCCUGAACCCCAGUGGCAGCCUGGUCCCCCCGCCCCAAAGACACUGGCCCAGCUCCCCGCUGUCAGAACUGCGGGCCGGCCCUCCUCCCAGGGCUUUGAGCUCCCUGUAGGAGCGGGACCGAGAGGGCCCUGGGGGCUCCGCAUCCCCGUCCCGUCCUCGCCUCCUGCCGAGGCUCCCAGCCAGUUCCCCCGACGCCCCAGGGUCGGCCCCCACUGGGCCCCCCGCCAGCCUGAGGAGGGUUGUCCUGGGGCCCGGCCAGAGGCCAAGGCUCCACAGACCGCCCAGUGCAGGGAGGGACCCCAUGGCGAGUGGCAGGGGCGGGGAGGGCGCUGUGGGUGGUGGUGGCCCCUGGGGCCGCUGCGUGGGGAGUGGCCGCACGGCCCGUGCCCGUGGGAGAGGCCAGCAUCCUUCUGGCUCCUCGGGGGGCUGCGGUGGCCCCAGCCUCAGGAGUCAGGGCUGAAGAAAGAGGCCGCUUCUCCUGGGCUGACCCCGCUUUGGAAGGAAGCCGGGCCCCUGUCAGCAGGAACAGUGCUCCCCAGACAGGUUCCAUCGCCCUCGGCCCUCUGGCCCGACCGCCCGUGGGCCGGAGCAGGAGCCCUCGCGCUGGAAAUAGUCUCCGAGUGUUUACAGAGCGUGUGCGUGCGCCCGCCGGAGCGAGGGAGCGCUGUGGGGGGCCGGGGCGGGGAUGGGCCCCCCCCCCGGGCCUAUUUAAGCCCUGAGCCGACAGGGACAGCACAGACGCCACACGGCCGGGCUGGGGAUACUGAGUAGUGCGCAGCGCCCGGCCCCUGCUGCUGGAUCCAGCAGCAUCCCUCGGGCCCCAUCCUCCGACGAAGAGUGCUUCUUUGACCUGCUGAGCAAGUUCCAGAGCAGCCGAAUGGACGACCAGCGCUGCCCCCUGGAGGAGGGCCAGCCCGGGGCCGCCGAGGCCACAGCUGCCCCCACCCCGGAGGAGAGGGUCGCCCAGCCCUCGCUGAUGGCCUCCCCGCAGACCGAGGAGCUCUUGGACCUCAUUGCCAGCUCCCAGGGCCGCCGGCUGGACGACCAGCGGGCCAGCGUGGGCAGCCUGCCUGGGCUGCGCGUCACCCACAGCAACCUGGGCCGUCUGCGCGGGGACGGGGACCCACAGGAGCCGGGGGACGAGUUCUUCAACAUGCUCAUCAAGUGCCAGUCCUCCAGGAUCGAUGACCAGCGCUGCCCACCUCCUGACGUGCUGCCCCGCGGCCCCACCAUGCCUGACGAGGACUUCUUCAGCCUCAUCCAGAGGGUGCAGGCCAAACGGAUGGAUGAGCAGCGGGUGGACCUCGCCGGGAGCCCCGAGCAGGAGGUGGGCGGGAGCCCUGAGCCCCGGCAGCCGUGCCAGUCUGGUGCCAGCUAAGAUCCUGCAGCCACAGCCAGGCUGGCCCCACCCCUACUCCUGGCCUCGGGGCCGGGGGGCGCGCCGUCCUCUGUGAUGCCCACGGCCCCGCAAGAAGCCCAUUCCUCUGGAGGCCAUGGCUGACUGCAGGCCCUCUGGCCCUUCCCACUGUGGCAGAUGCGGGGCACACAGCCCCCACGCUGUCCCCCUCCCAGGGUGGCAGGCUCAGGCUGGGGCUGCCCUGGGCGGGUGGGCAUGCCUCUGUCCUGGACCAGCUCCCCGGCGGGACACGGCUUUCUGCAGGCCUGCCCAGCCCGGCCUUCUCCCUGCCCCGUCCCUGCCCCAGGUCCAGCCUGCAGCUUGUUGGUUCCAGACCCUCCAUGGCCUCUCCCUGCCCCGCCCAGCUCCAUCCCUCCAUCCUGCCCGGCAAAUGUGAAAACUGCUGCCUCCCCUAAGCCCCCAAAGGCCGCUCAGAAGCCUUUGCUGUGCGGCCUGCCAGCGACAUGGACGUUUCUGUCCUCCCAGAGGGGGUCCCAGGGAUGACAGAGCAGACGCGCUUGCCCCAGUCCCGGCCUCUUGCGCCCCCCGCCCCCGCCUCCUCUGGGCUGGAGAAGGUGGAAGCCUGUCAGAAAGCCUGGAGCCUGAUGAGGCAGUUGAUGCAGGCCAGGUGCCCCCACGCACGGUUGCUGGGCCCUGGCUCUCGGCCCCCAGCCCCAGCUGGCGCCCAGUCCUGAGCAGGGAGGCAAGGGGACGGGUGGGGAUGAGCCGUGGCACCCCUCAACUCCAAGCCCCGAAGCCCAGGGACAGAACAGGCCUGGUCUGGAACGCCAGCUGGCAGCCAGGUCUGCACCCUGACCACACCAGGGCCGGGGCGGCCAGCAGAAGCUGGGGGGGGUUCAGCUCGGCUCAACCCUGGGCCCCCAGGUGAGCACCCAGCCCUCAGCUGGGAAGAUGACAUCACUGCCUUCUCCUGUGGGGAGGGUCCAGCCCCCACACAUCGUCAGCCCGCGGGAUUGGGCAGGACACUGCCUUGGCUCGCCACCAGCCCUCUGGUGAGCCCCUAGCCCCACGCCACGACCCCACAGCCCCCGGGGCAUGAGGGGCACCUUCUCCUGAGGUGGUGCCCCUGGGGUCCUCGGUCUUUCUCCAAGGCUCUCCAAGCAAGGGGAGGCAGCCGGACCCCCACCCCGCAGUUCAGCCUGGGGGCCCCGGGCCCGCUGUGACCAUGCUCUGAAGGGUGUGGGUGGGAGCCCGGGGGCGGGGUCAGAGGCCAGAACAGAGGCUUCUCCUGGGCCGCCCCACAUACUUGAAUGUACAUGCAUAUUUAUUGCUCAUGCGUGUUUGCCAUGCUGUCAGUGGGUCCUUUCCAACCCAAGAGGUACAUUUUUUUCUUUUUCCCAAAAAAAUAAAGUCUGCCAAGUGAA